AUGAGAUUAAAUGAUCUAAUAACCAUAACUUACUUAUUUGCUAUCUAUAAAUCGAUUCAAUUUGUAAUAAUAUACUUUGUACCGUGCCAAUUUGAUACAUCAUCGACACUCUUGUUGGCAUCUUACACCGUAGAAAAAUCUCAAUACAUAAACAAUUUUCCAUUUGGCUGGGGAAGGAUAGUUACUGAAGUACUAGAAAAGUUUGUUAUUUGGGAUAACGUUUACUUCAGUGACCUAUUCGUGAAUGAAAUAAAGUAUGAGCAUCAAUUUGUAUUCUGUCCCUUAUGGUGGAGGAUAAUAAAGUAUGUAAACCCAAGCAGAAACUUUUACUCAGGGCUCUGUACUGGUGUUGCGAUUUCCAAUUUGACUCAUUAUUUUAGUUGUAUAGUGCUAUAUUAUUUAACAUUGACCACUUUCAAGAGCUCUAAGUUCUUCAACAAGGAGAAAUUGAGUUCUUUUGCUUUGAAAAGUAGUUGCAUAUAUAUACUUUCCCCAGCUGGAGUAUUUCUCACCGCUUCAUACUCAGAAGCGCCAUGUGCUCUAUUAUCAUACCUGGCACUUUUACUUCGAGAAAUAUCUCUCAAUAGAAGUGAUUUUAAUGUAAUUAACUCCAAACUUUCGAUAAGAACUGGAGCUUAUACAAGUAUUUACGUUUUGUCGGGUACUUUAGUUGCAAUUGCAUACAAUAUCAGAGCCAAUUCGUUGCUCUUGGGAAUCAUAUAUUUGUACGAUUUAUAUACAUUCUAUUUGAGAAAUGACAGUCUUCGAGAUGCAAUUCUUUCUACAUUAGCUGGCUCACAACUUGCAUUGUCUAUUGUCAUAGCACUGUGGUAUCCGUACUCAAUUUUCUGCACUGGUGAAGGUGCAGACAGGGAAUGGUGCCAUUACUAUAUACCCUCCAUCUUCCUGUAUGCCCAAAGCCAUUACUGGAAUAUCGGAUUCUUAAGCUAUUGGACUCCUAAUAACAUACCUAAUUUCAUAUUGCCGCUCCCAACUAUAAUACUUACAAUUUUGGGUGCUAAAUGGUUUACUUCAAGGUACCCAUUCCAGAAUAUAUUGCCAAUAAUAUUGGUAAAUAUCAUUUUGCUUAUUGGUGGAGUGUUUUGGUGGCACACACAGAUUUUGACAAGAAUAUCCACUUUCUUACCAUUGAUGUAUUGGUACGUUGCGAGCUUGGAUAUAGUGGGCAGCAGCCAUGAAGAUGAGAGGAUCUACAGUUGGACAAUAAACUACUUUAUUAUUUGGGGGUUAUUCCAAACUGCCUUAUUUGGAGCAUUCUUACCACCAGCAUAG